GAUUAGGUUCAGCUACAGGUACAGGGCGACGACGCCGAUGAUGAUGAUGAGGAGGAGGAAGCGGUGCCUGACUGCUGGGGGUUUCCAAGCAGACAGACUCACCCAGUUGGUCGCGGACACUCAAUAGUGUCGGACGGCGGGCGAGAAGGGCUGCUCGGCGCUCCGUACACCCCGCUCCGUUAAACCUAUUCCCUGCUGCUACCCCGUGUAAAUACCCCUUAAUACCAUACCCUAGCAAGCCCUGACACCCCGAAGGAACAUACGUAUAGUGAUAAACGACUCCUUGAUAUGUCUACGCGUUAGGAAAUGUACAAAACCAUAUAGAGAGAAACAUAAAUGACAUUCGUAUGCUUGCUUACUCAUUCAGUGCUCCGAUUCUGUGUAAAUAUCCAUCGAUUUCUUUAACCUCAUGUGACGCAACGCUUGGAGAGGACACGAGUACGGAGACAAACAAACACACACCUUUAAGCGCCUCGGAGGGUGAAGCAAGGUAGAAAAAGCCUCAAAAACUAUACGCGAGCUAAAGGUUUUAUUCUUCGCCACACGAAAAUAGAAGAGAAAUUAAGAAAAGGUUACAGUGACAUAAAAUAAAAGUUUUUCGCUACACGGAAAUAGAAGAUAAAUUAAUAAAAGGUUACAGUGUUUGACAUAAAAGAAGACCUUUGAGAUACCUGAACUAGAUAAUGAUAAAUAAAAAAAACUUAAAACUCCAAGAAACAAAGAAAGGAAAAUAUUACCACAAAAACUGAAAAUAACUUACGCCAACGAUUGAUAAAAAGACGAAAAAAAAGAAAAUAGAAGAAAAUAAUGAAACAGAGAAUCAAAAGUAUAGAAAAUAGACGAGGAAAACAAUAGAAAGUGAAGCUGAGUAAAAAUAAGUAAGAGUAAGAGAUUGCGAUAAAGAGAGACACUGAAGAAAAAGCUUGAAACUGAGAAAAAGAAAAAGCAUAGAAAGGAAGAGAAAGAAAUUUAACAAAAAGUAAAGCUAAGUGAAGGUAAAUAAGAGUAAGUAAGAGACUGCGACAAAGAAAGAGAAAGAGAGAGAGAAAAAAAAAGUGAAAUAUAACCCACUGAAAAGCAAAAGAAGAAAAUAUUGAGACAGAAACGAAAGAAGAAAAUUGAAGAGAAAAAUAAGAAAUAUGAGUAAGUAAGAGAUUGCGAUAAAGAAAGAGAGAAAGAGAGAGAGAGAGAAAACAAGUGAAAUAUAACCCACUGAAAAACAAAAGAAAAAAAAAUAUUGAGACAGAAACGAAAGUAAAAAAUUGAAGAGAAAAAUAAGAAAUAUGAGUAAGUAAGAGAUUGCGAUAAGGAAAGAGAGAAAGAGAGAGAGAGAGAGAAAACAAGUGAAAUAUAACCCACUGAAAAGCAAAAGAAGAAAAUAUUGAGGCAGAGCAACAAAAGAAGAAAAUUGAUGAGAAAAAAAAUAUAUAAAAAGUGGUUAAGUGCAGAUAUAUAAGUGUUAGUAAGAGAUAAAGAGAGAGACAGAGAAAGAAAGCAAGUGCAAUGUAACCCGCUGAAAAAUUAAAAGAAGAAGAAACGGACCAUAAUUUAAUAAGAAAAUGUAAAAAAAAAAAAAAAAAAAAAAAAAAUACCACCAGAAAAAAAAAUGAUAAGUGAAAUGUAACUCUUGCCCCGCAAUGAGAGCCCUGAUCAGGAGUAACCCCAAGAUGGAACAUUUGAAGGGCGAUGCGGACCAGCAGACGACGGAGGCACAGCUGUCGGCCCUGCAGGAACAGCUGGUGGCUGUCAUGCUGGAGAACCAACACUUGGCCGAGGAGGCCAAGGCGUUGAGGGAAGCGAGCGCCGCGGAACAACUUCGGCAGCAGCUUGAGAGGGAGAGGGAGAAAAGCAGGAUACUGAUGGAGCGGCUGCAGGAGAAGGAGGCCAAGGAGAAGGAGAAGGGCGAGAGGGAGGCGAGGGAUAGGGAGAGACACACCAGGGAGAAGAGUCUGCCUGCUGGAGAUAAGUCGCCGAGCCUGCCGCAGCGGAUACGAAAGAGAAUUAACCAGAUGCACAAGACUCAGUCGUUCGAGGUGGAGGACAGCUGUCCCGGGCCGCCGCCUCAGAGCCAGAAUCAGGCGGCCGACAGACUCCGGCUACAGGUGGACGAGAAGGCCAGCCCCAGGUCCCCCUUCGACCACCCGCCCGGCCAGAGCGUAAAGUACGGAGGAGAAGCAGCCAAUCCCAAGUCGAGUUCACCAUUUGAUGUUGUUGAAAGCCCCUCGCGUGGUAGGUUCGCCUGGAAGCGCCGUGGCUUGGAGAAGAGCAAGUCCCUGGAUCAGUCUGAGUUCUUAGCGUCCCUGAACAGCGCUAGCUCAACUUUGGGCGCGACGGGCGGCUCCAGCGUGGCCACCACCACCUCCACCACCACCACCACUACCAUCACCACCCCGCCCACGCCUACUACCGCCACCGCCGCCGCCGCCUCCGCCGCCUCCAGCUUGUGGCUAGACGACGACCCAAGGAGAGACCGAGACAGUGACUCUGAUGAUGGUGAGAGAGGGAAUGUAAGUGACACCGGCGGGGCGGACAUGGAGCACAGCCUGGGGACACAGAUAUCGGGGGCCACAAUGAGCGCCAAGGACCCGUGGUGGCGGAGGCUGGAGGUGAGGGUGGUGACGGCCAUAGGGGAGCUACUACGAGACUUCUCCGAGGUGGCAGAAGAGGAGCAGCCUGACGGAGACCCUGAAGGCGACCCGCUGACUGUUAAGAAGCUGAAGGAGAACAUUCUGCGGUUCGGGUGUGUGCGGCUGCUGACGGAGCUCUCAGCGGUGGUGACGUCGCUGCUGCAUUGGGAGUCGCCCUCGGCCACUCUCCUCGCCCUGCUCGUCUACCUGUACAGCGUUCUCUUCGGCUGGCUGCUUACCCUCAUCCUGCUCCUCGCCAUCCUCAAGCUCUCCUUCAACUACCUGAAGAAGAGGGGAUGGACGCAGAUCUUCUUACGGCGGCUGCGGCGACGGGAGGGCGGCGAGUCCGUGGACGUGGCGGCAGGGGAGGCGGGGCUCGGAGACAAGUUCGCGCUGGUGCUGCAGGUGGCGAGGCGCGUCCAGAACCAGCUGGGCGCCGUGUCCAACGCUGCCGAGAAGGUCAAAAAUCUAUGUCUAUGGGAGCACGAGGCCACACAGCGCCUCUAUCUGUUCCUGUGCGUGCUCCUGGUGGCCUCGGUGCUGCUCCCCGCCGCCCAGCUCUUCACGCUCACGGGGAUCUACCUUGGGCUCAAGUUCUUCGUGCUGGACUUCAUCUUCUUCCGCUACCCGAGGAUCAGACUCAAGUACGACACCACCUCGAGGCUCUGGGACACGCUGCCUACCGAUGCUGACCUGGAGAGGCGCGCCGAGAAGAACCGCACCGACAACGGCAAUUCGUCCCCCGACCUGAGUUCUUUCUUGGAGCUGUUCAACCUGCCGCCCACGGAGACCCCGCUACCAGGCUGGCAAAGUGGCCGACGCUGCACGCUCGUCAACCGGGAUCGCUCCCUUACCUCCGCCUUUAAGAACGGCCGCCUCUACCUCACCAACAGGUUAGGCAAGCAGGAGAAACCUUCGAUCCCAUCUAGCAAACUAACAAUGCCCACUAACAAACUUGCAGCCUCGCCACCGCCCGGCAAACUCUCAGUGACGCACAGAACCAAGGGCGGCCAGAAGGUGAGGACCUCGGCUUCCUUCUGCUCCAAACACCCGCUGGAGGGAGCCAAAAAGAGCGCCUUCACUAGGACAUACACGGAGACAGCAUCCACCUCCUCCGGUUUCAGCUUCCUCAACAUCAACAAGUCAAGCAAGGGGAAGGAGGCGAAGGAGGAGAAAGACGAUGAUUUUCUGGCGUUGCAGAAGAUGCUUGAGGAUGUAGACGAGCAAGAACCGAUCAUCCCCUCCAAGCUUCUCUUCCCGACGUGCGAAGUGAAGGGCAGCCCCAAGCACUCCAGAAGAAGAGAGUUGUCCCAUCAAACGUGGAAGUCCCUGGGUGAGGCCAAGGAGAAACAGCCCAGUUCUCUGUCCAACGCGAAGGGAGUACUACUGCAUUCUCUGAGCGAGCAGUGCGAGCUUCAACCGGAGUCUUCUGGGGAUGAAGGGACAAGCUUCUUAUCGUGUUCGGCCCCUGAGAUCAAGAAGCACAAGGCAGAAGGGGCGUCGGGCGAGCAGCAAGAGAGUGUCGAGAAGACGAAACCCAAGAAGUCGUGCCUCAACAUGCUUAAGUCCCUGAGCAGUGACGACUCCAAACACAAAACCGUCAUCGAUAAGCUGAAUGAUCGCGUCUUCUAUGCCGUGUGAGGGACCGGGUGGGACUUGCUUCGGCAGUACAGUGAUGACUUCUGUGUCUUGCUCGUGGCUGAUGACUUGAGGACAGAAUGAUGACGGUGAUGUUGAUUUUACAAGGGGAUAAGAUAAUGAACGUUUAACAGACCUACAAGCAAAAACAGACGAUGUUCAGCUCAGCAUUUCCUUGACCGUGAUAUUUCUGCCCAUCCUUCCUAUGGCCACUCGCCUGUUGCACGUUGGUUGUUGUGAAGCUAACUGACUAACUCAAGUCUGUGUGUAGUGUCUCCUCCUCGUCCCUAUGAAAACACUCGCUCCACCUCCAAGUUGUACUGUCCCGAUGGUUUUAACUAACUCUAUAACAAUACAACUAAUAUCACACAACAUAAUACUGAACGGGUAACUUAGGACAAUAAACAACAGAUACGAAAACAAUCGGUCUCUGCCCUCGUACUCCCCUUCUGCAAUCAGUGUUCGUCGUUGCUAUCAUGUGAUAUAGACGUUCGCCGUUCCCUCUAGCAUAUCAAGACUAAUGGCGUCACCAGGACACUCCCCCCCGCCGCGAGCCAUCCUGCCCCCCUCUGUGUCCCCCGAGUCGUGCAUCGUGACAGUGUUGUGACGUGAACAGGUUACAUGACGUUGUUCUCCACGUGUUCUCAACCCCGGCUGUGUCGUCCUCACAACAUGGAAAUAAAAUACGAACUCGA